AUGUCUCUGAAGUAUGCUUUCCUUUCUCUCUUGUUUUGGCUUGCUGUUGUUCCAUUGGCUUUGGCUGCAACAGGCGAUUGCGAGUCGAAAUGUGGGAACAUAACAAUUCCAUAUCCUUUUGGCAUUGGCUUACGAUCAGGUUGUUCAUUAAACCCAUCGUUCGAUGUCAAGUGCGACGAUACAUUCGAUCCUCCAAAGCCCUACAUCUCCACAUUCAACCUACAAAUUCUCGAAAUCAGAGAUGACAGUGUAAGAAUCAAGAACUUCGUGGCCAAAAAAUGCUACAACCAACUAGGUAACACCACGAGCGAAAACCAGCCUCCGGACAUCGAUCUUUCGGGUAUGCCUUUUACUUUUUCGGAUGCAAACAAGUUCACCGUAUUGGGGUGUGAUGAACUGGGGGUAAUAUUUGGACUGGAAGGACGUAAUUUCACAAACGGGUGUGUGUCUGUGUGUUCCAACAGAGAGGAUUUGGUUGAAGGGAAAUGUUCUGGUGUUGGGUGUUGCCAAACUGCCAUCCCAAAGGGUCUCAAGAAGUUUGUUGUAAGCAUUAACUCUUUCAACAACCACGUUGAUAUUAUGUCCUUCAACCCUUGUGGGUUUGCCUUUCUUGGAGAUCCUGACAGCUUCAGAUUCACUACGGUCGGCCUCAACGAUACUAAAUUUGGGGACAAGGCAGUUGAUAAAGUGCCUAUGGUUCUUGAGUGGGCAAUUGGUAAACAGAAUUGCAGUGAAGCUGUGAAAUCCAGUGAUUAUACAUGUUUUCAGAAUAGCAUUUGCGUUGAUUCUGAUACCGGUCAUGGAGGAUAUAGAUGUAACUGUACUAAAGGAUACGAGGGGAACCCAUAUCUUCCUGAAGGCUGCACAGGUACUUCACUUUUUGCUGUGUUUGAUUCUUUUUCUCUGUUAGUAAAUGAUCAUCAUCAUAUAUUUGAAGAAUAAUUAUAGAUAUUCCAGUCUGCUUAUAAGCUUGU